AAAGGGAGGAUUAACCGUGAUAAGUUUGUCAAACUUUUCACGGAUGCGAUCAGUCUUCCAUUGAACGAUCCGCACGCAAUGUACUUCUCCAUCAUUCUUUUGUACGAACGCUUCACACGCAAUGUAUUCUGCCAAAGGAAGCAUCUUACCGUACGAUGGCGAAACAAAGAAACACUAGAGCGUCGCGCGGUGCGCCUACUGAGCAGACAUUACACUCUGACGGCCACGGACUACAAGUUUUUGGAAAUUGGAAUCAACGUUGGUGCACCGAGCUACGUAGAAAUCGCUCUGGGAGAUCAUCAGGGACAAGAACUGAUACUGUCUCUUAAAAUGUGGAAGGGACUCUACGAGCAGCGAUGGAAUAUCUAUAAAUUGCUUCAAAACGAUUACAAAAACAAUUUUAUAAGCAUAUUCAUACCGUUAACCGUCAGAAUUUGCUUGAUGAACAUUACACUGAUACACCUUGAACCUUUAAACGUACGCAUAACGAUGAUCGAAUCGACAUUACGCCAUAUGUUUGAUCUCGACAGAUGUAAUGUUCAAUUGACUAGUUAGAUUCGUCGAUACGAUCAAUGCCAAGUAUAUGCGAUUCUCCAUCAUCGCGUCUGUUGUAACAGAAUCUGAGGAGGUACGUGAUAGGCAAAAGUGAUAUUUUCGAUAGACGUCAACUCGUUGAUUGCGAGCUGUUAACUUUUAGUGUAUAAGAAGAAAAAGUGUGAAUAAAGAAAUUUCACGCUUAAAUCAUAAUGUAUUCAAAAUUGUUUAAAAAUAAACAUAUGUGAUAUACAAAA